GAUAUCCACGAUAACCUCAAAAUACGAAACGCAAUCUCUGUUUACUUUUUUUUCACUUGUCGAUAACUGUUUGUUCACAUAUUCCGAACAUUCGUGUCCUUUAAACUUAAGUACAAUGUCGAUCAAGCCAAAGUAUCGUCCUACCAUCAUAAAAAAACGCACCAAGAAGUUUAUCAGACAUCAAAGUGAUCGUUAUGACAAACUCAAACCCAACUGGCGUAAACCCAAGGGUAUUGACAACAGAGUACGAAGAAGAUUCAAGGGACAAUAUUUGAUGCCUAAUGUUGGAUAUGGUAGCGACAAGAGGACCAGACACAUGUUGCCUUCCAAGUUCCGUAAAGUCCUUGUGCACAAUGUUAGAGAAUUGGAAAUGUUGAUGAUGCAAAACAGGAAAUACUGUGGAGAAAUCGCUCAUGGUGUCUCAUCUAAAAAUCGUAAAACCAUUGUUUCUAGAGCACAAGAGUUAUCCAUCAGGUUGACCAAUGGAAAUGCACGCAUUCGUACUCAAGAGGGUUAAGUUUUGUAAUAAUUAUUAUUGAUAAAAUAAAAAUAAAAAUUAAAAAUCAA